GUGCAAUUGCUAACUAAAUCAAGCAAAACAGUUUUGUCGUAAAAUAGAGCGAAGCUUAAAAUCAGAGAGCAGCAAACUUCACGUUUCACAUGAAAACAGAUAAACAAUUUUCGCCAGUGCCGUGCCCUAUCCGCCUGCCGCCGCUGCCAGUACCGGUCCCUAUCCGCCCACCGCCGCUUCUGUUGCACGCAGCCUCCGCCGUCUCUGCUUUUUUCCGUUCGCUACAAUCUAUACUUUUAGGUACAUCAGAGUUGCGCAUUCUGUAUUGCUUCAUCUUGGAAAGGUUCUGCUCUAGAUACUUAGAUUGGGGAGCAGAUUAUCAGCAAGGUGCCUUUGUCUUCCCCAAAGGAAGUGCUACUCUUAGUGUCAAAAAAAUUGACGUUUUACAGGUCAGGAGAGUUCACAGUUGAUGCGCUAUUUGUUGAUGUGAGCAAGCUGCUGGUGCAUACUAAGUUCAGUAGCAAAUUAACAAUGAGCGCAGAGAAGCAGCAAAAAAGCGAGCAUCCACAAGUUAUCCGAUUAGAUAAGGCAUUUAAAUUGGCUGAACAAUGGGUUAAGAACAUGAGCAAAGUUGUGGAGGAUGAAGCAACAGAAGAGGAAACCAAAGCCCGCCCUCUUAAUCUAGGGCUUGGUGCAAAAGUUGUGCAUCCGUCUAAGGUUGUAAAUUUUGAUAAUCCGGUUGAAAGGAACUUACAUGCUAAGUUGGAAGCCGGAAAAAGAAAAGCUGCUGCCAAAGAGAUUGAGGAACGCGGGGGCAAUGAUAACGACAGUGACGAUGAUAGUGAUGAAGAGUCGGAAAGUAGAACAAGUGCAUUUGCUAAGAAGAUAAAGGGUCCUCCUCCAGGUUUAUCUUUACAGGUAAAGAAGAAACAGAAGUAGUUUAUCACCUGAUAAUGAUUGAAUAAUUUAUGUGUUGUAAAUUGUAAUUUUUUUGUAAUCAUGAUGUUUCUUGCUUAUUAGUAUACUUUGGGAAAUUGUUGCCUA